CUGGGAUGCAGAUUCAAAAUUGUCAUGAUUGUUUGAAGAAUGGCAAUGUGGUUGUUAAAUUGAUUGUAUGCCUAAUAACUUUUUGUAAAUGGACACCAAACCAAUAUUUUCUAUAGUUCGAUGAUAAAAGUGUGUUUGAUAAGCUAUAAAAUCUGGAAUAUGAAUUUUCGAAAACUUUUCAUUGUUAUUUACUCAACGGUUCAUAUAAAAGUCAAAAGUUUGCACAAAAUAUUUCUCUCCUAACAAAUUCAAAAAUGAGUGAAGCAGUUAAAUUGGACGUUGGUGGGACUAUAUUCAAAACUUCGAAGUCUACGUUGACAAAGUUCGAUGGAUUUUUUAGAACAAUGUUGGGGAGCGGUAUUGGGCUGAAUGUUGACGAAUCCGGCUGUAUUUUUAUUGAUCGUUCCCCAAAACACUUUGACCUGAUAUUGAACUUCAUGAGGGAUGGUUGUUUGGCACUUCCCAAAAAUGAAAGAGAUCUGACAGAACUGAUGGCAGAAGCUCAAUACUAUUUGUUGGAUGGACUGAUAGACCGACUGGCGUCAAGCAAUUGGUCAGUCGAGUCAGACGAAAAAACUAUCAAUGUUGCAAAGAGACUUCCAAUUCUUGAAAAUAACUCACAAUUUCUUCAAGUUCUGUGCAAUCAAGAGAAGCCAAUUCUAUUAAUCGUUGUUAUGGCGUCCAGAGAUCAUUUUUUUCCUAAUAUGUCAAUUCCUGAUGGCUUCAAUGCAUAUAAAUUUGUAGAGAAAUAUUCACAUCAAUUUCAUAUCUACUUCAAGGGCUGCAUAUGUCUCGAGUGGUCAGCAAGAAUAAUUCCAAAAGUUAAACCUCGAUGCAAUACAAAAGCUCCCACUUUUGAAGGACAAAUGAAACGUUUGAAUUAUUCGGAUAGGUUAGAAAAGUAUAUCGAGGCGUAUAGCACAUAUCUGGAGAUGCACAAGCAUGACUAAUUUCAAUUUUUCAAUGUAGCUUCUAAAAUAAAACAACUUUUCAAAAAUCACAUUCCUUGUAUUUGCAAUUUUUCAUUAUUAUUUUAAUUUCGUUUUUUUUUAAAGUUUUUCUCAUUUUCGAAACUGAUAAAUUAUUUUGAUUCUUA